AAAGUGAGGUUAUACAAAUUCAAACAAAAAAUGAGUUUAAAUUUUUUCACAAAGAGUAGAAACCUGUUACAAAAUGCGACCACUCUCGCCAGGUUUUAUAGCACAAAACCGGCCGAAGAAAUUAAAAAAAUGGUCAACAAUAACAAAGUUGUGGUUUUUAUGAAGGGGGUUCCCGAACAGCCCCGGUGUGGCUUUAGCAAUGCGGUUGUGCAAAUUUUACGAAUGCAUGGGGUGCAGUAUGACGCCCAUGAUGUCCUGUCUGAUGAGUCGCUACGGCAGGGGAUUAAGGAUUUUUCAAAUUGGCCCACAAUACCACAGGUUUUUAUCAACGGCGAAUUUGUGGGAGGCUGUGAUAUAAUGCUGCAAAUGCACCAGUCGGGGGAUCUGAUCGAGGAGUUGGAGAAGGUUGGCAUCAAAAGUGCGCUUUUGUUGGCGAAGGAAAAGGAAGAUGCAGAAAAGAAAUCUUAAAUUAAGUGGAAGACACGAAUCUAGGGACUGAUUGCUGUAUAUAAUAAUUAGAAUGUUAUUUAAUUCGUUUUUGUGUAGUUCUGUUCAUUAAUAAAAAAGCUAUUUAGAAAAAA